UGUGCGUGAUCGAGCGAGGGCGAGCGAGCGAGCUCCAGUGACAAACAGCGCCGGGGCUCCCAAUAGGCACGGGGGCGAGAGGCCGACCGCAAAAAUACAACUUGCAAUAUCGUUAUCAGAGCUUUUUUCAAAAGUAAUUUUCUCUGUACAGUAACUUUAUGUAAACAUCAGCGUCGCGGGGACUGACUAGGAUCACUGCAGGAGUGACGGGGGGAAAUCUGAACGGACGGACAACACUGCUGCGCGGAGAAGAUAGCGAGUUCUGGGGAGCGAGGAUUAGGGGCGAAAGUCGCCAUGAAUUAAAUUAUGCGGCUAUCAUCGACGCGGCGAGUCGACUCUUCAGAGUAAACCACGGGAAAGGACCUGUCCUCGGGGGGGAAAGGGAAACUUUUCGGAACGAGAGAGAGAAGCAGGGCGGCAAUGGUUGUGGCAUGACAGAGGGCAUCACGCUGUACCGGCCGAGCACAGCAGUAUGGAGGCAAUUCAGUCGGUCACUGUGGGCAUCAAGAGUGAGCACCUGGAGGAGCUAGGGUCCAUGAUGGCGGCAAUGCAGGAUGUGGGAGACAGCUGCCCAGCUCACGGUAAACUGUCUCCGAAGUGUAGCUGGGCAUCAUCGCUGGAUGUGGGCCACAGAACUGAGCCGGAGCCUGUUGGUGACAUUGAGGCGUCACCCAAUGGACUAGGCUGGGAUGGAAGCCCCCGGGAUGGAAGCCCCCGGGAUGGAAGCCCCCGGGAUGGAAGCCCCCGGGAUGGAAGCCCCCGGGAUGGGGACGUGGUGCAAAUAGAGCCCAGUAACAACUGCAACACACCAGAUGCUACAAGUCCAGCGGCGUCCAGCAGUUACACUGAUUUGUCGCAGACCUCGUCACCCUCGCUGUCAGAUCAGCUGCGCGCAGGCCGAGAUGAUGGAGGUGCUGCUAUCAGUGUCGAAUGCCGGAUUUGUGGAGACAAAGCGUCCGGCUUCCACUACGGCGUGCACGCCUGCGAGGGCUGUAAGGGCUUCUUCCGGCGGACCAUUCGUAUGAAGCUGGAAUACGACCGCUGUGAACGCAGCUGCAAAAUCCAGAAGAAGAGUCGGAAUAAGUGCCAGUACUGUCGUUUCCAGAAGUGCUUGGCACUGGGCAUGUCCCACGACGCGAUCCGGUAUGGCCGCAUGCCGGAGGCGGAGAAGCGCAAAUUGGUGGCCGGCUUGCUGGCUGGGGAGCGCAGCCCACAGAGCCCUGGUGGCUCAGACCUCAAGUCGCUGGCCAAACAAGUUAACAACGCCUACCUGAAGAACCUCAACAUGACCAAGAAGAAAGCCCGUAGUAUCCUCACUGGCAAAACCAGCUCAUCCUCGCCCUUCGUCAUCCAUGACAUGGACUCGCUCUGGCAGGCGGAGAACGGUCUGGUGUGGAACCAGCUCAUCAAUGGUGCUCCCACUAACAAGGAGAUUGGAGUCCAUGUUUUCUACCGCUGCCAGUGCACCACCGUGGAGACGGUGCGUGAGCUGACCGAGUUCGCCAAGAACAUCCCGGGCUUUGUCAACCUUUUCCUCAACGACCAGGUAACCCUGCUCAAGUAUGGUGUGCAUGAAGCCAUCUUUGCCAUGCUGCCCUCGCUGAUGAACAAGGAUGGCCUCCUGGUAGCUGAUGGCCGUGGCUUCGUCACGCGUGAGUUCCUGCGCAGUCUGCGCAGGCCCUUCAGUGAGAUCAUGGAACCCAAGUUUGAGUUUGCAGUUAAGUUCAACGCUCUGGAGCUGGACGACAGCGACCUUGCUCUCUACGUGGCUGCUAUCAUCCUCUGUGGGGAUCGACCUGGCCUCAUAAACGUGAAGCAGGUGGAGGACAUUCAGGACGGCAUCCUACAGGCCCUGGACCAGCACCUGCGCGCCAGCCACUCGGACUGUCCUCACCUGUUUCCCAAGCUGCUGCAGAAGAUGGCUGACCUCAGGCAGCUGGUCACAGAGAAUGCCCAUCUGGUGCAGAAGAUCAAGAAGACGGAGUCGGAAACGUCGUUACACCCGUUGCUGCAAGAGAUCUACAAGGAUAUGUACUAGGCCUCUGCGCAGCAGAGCUUAAUUUAAAGACCUGCAUAGUGUAUAGAUAUAUAUGAUAUUUUUGAAUAUAUAGACAUGCACUCACCAAUAUAAUUGUGUGUGUGUGUAUGUGUGUGUGUGUGUGCGUGCGUGCACACGUGUGCGCUUGUGUGUGUGAAAGAGAGAGAGAGGUUCACAUAGCCAUGGAUUUGAGAGCUGUUACAUGGCAAGACAGAUGUAGCACAAAGACCUGUUUUAUGCUGACGGGGCUUUGGGGGGUUCUUUCUGAAGCGGGGACAUUCCCGGAGAAUGCUCUCAAAUGCUUCCCACUUCUGUCCGCUUUUUCUUUUAUGGAUAGUCAUCACGUUUUUUUUAUAAGUGGUAUUUUUUUUUAAAGACCAUUAAGUUUUUAGUUGUUUCUGCAUCCCCAUGACCUGAUCUCUUGUGUUGUCUAUGAUCGUCACUUGCCUGAUCUGUUUCCCAUAGACAGUAUAAGUAAUAUGUAGGUCUGGCAAUGUGUUUAUAGGUCAAGGAUGAGCAGAGUCCAGAGAAUGCAUGAAGCGUGUCACAGAGGUGAGCACUCAGGGUGUACAUGUCUUAGGUGGGCAGGUUCUUGUAUCUGACCUCGGAGCUCCCCAGUCUGCUUUGGCCCCACAUAGAGACCUGCUUCAGACUAUAUAUCUUUGCCUACGUAGCUGUUAGUCAUGGCCAAAAUAAUGAAUGAUCCUGCAUCUCCACCACACCUGUGAUCUAACGGCCAGCGCACACCGUCGAGGCGGCAUCUACAAGCCACUUCAGAAGGUGUCUUCGGUGUCUGGCAUCCGCAGCGCAGCUCUCUGGUGCUCCGCAAGCAAGUCUGGUCUGCCAUUCCCUCCACAUGCUGAGCUGUGUUACGUAGGGUCAGGCACAGUAAGUUGCUCUUACCAGUUCUGUAAGAUGCCACCAUAGAAUGACAAUCAUAAUGUUUCUUGGUUUAGCCAGCAUGUUGAUUAACAUUAAAACAGGAAUACCUUGAUUUUCUGGCAUGUGAGAGCUGGGCAGCCUCAGAAAAGAUCAGAUUUAAACCUUUUUGGGUCGGCAAACAUGUCCAGGCUUAUGAAAAUGUGCAUCUGCCUUUUAGAACGUCAGCCUGUAGGUUAAAGGUGAGCAGUAUUAAAUGUUGUCCUUAAACUGAAUUUGGUGAAAGUACUUAGGCAGAAGUAUUGAAUUUCUAGUAGACAUAUCUGAGUUAUCCCUGCAGCCAUAUUUUGUCAUGUAAUGAUUAACUCACUCAUGUAAGCAGCACUUAGUAUCUGGGGCAACUUGGAAACGUCUAAUGGACACAGUUGGGGAUUUUAUUGCAGUGAAGAAGCCUGCUUUUGUCUGUGAUCACAGUCAUGACCUUGCAAACCAAAAAAUACUUAGAGGAAGCCAUCUUCAUGAGUCACCUCCAGAUAUAGCAUGAGCAUCUGGUCCAGUACCGCGAUUAGCUUGGCUGAUUGUCACUGACGUCUCUUGGUUCCUUGAGUAAGCUUGAUCUUGUAUGUCCUGGUCUACUAAUAAUCUCUGACAUCAGUGGGACUGCACUUUAUACAAAUUCAAUAGUGUUCACAUCACUCUGAUUUGUAUGGUAUUUCCUUUAAAAUAGCAGUGUAAUAUUCUCCCAUUCUUUAUAUAGAUUAUUAUAUUGUACUACAUAGCAUCCAGAUGGAUACAUCGCUUUAAUUUAGGUUUGCUUCAAGGAAUCACACUCAAACAUCCCACUUCCUUGGAAACUGUACCUUUGUUAUUGUAAAGCUCUUUAUGCUGAGAUGUGACUAUAUGACUUAUACCCCAAUAUAAGCUUCAAUGUUUUGAUUUCCCAAACGGAAAGAGAUUUAUGGAGCCCGCGGUGCUUGCAUGUUUUUGUUGCCCUAUAGCACUUAUGCCAGUCUUGCGGUUUAACAUAAAAUCCUGUGUUUUGUGUUCUCUGAUGGUCUUUGGUUGUCAAAAACAUGGAGACCAUUUUCCACUCGGACCAGGGGUUGCAUUGGCUUAUAUAUUGGGUUAUUUUAUAGGUGGAAGAGUUAUGUCCAGCAGAUCAGCCACACAGACUCUACGGGGUUUGAAAGGCUCUGCCACCUUCAGAAGAGGGAGCCGUAAGCGCUGAGGACGGAAACCGUCAUUUUAAGGGGAAAAGUACAGUUGUCUUGUUUUAGCUACAUUUUAAAUGAAGAAUGUUCUAAGGUCCUUUCCCUGCCUAUUCCCCUGGCUGUGCUCUCCUUAUCACAGCAAAGUGAGCUUAUAUGAUUAUGCAUGGGCCCAUAGUCUCCAUUUUCUUCCCAGAUUUCCAGCUGGUUGGUCCUUCUCUUUGAAAGUACUCUCUAUUUUCAGACUUCCACACAAUGUCCAGUCAUCCUUUAGUCCUUUUGGUGGUGACCGCCUCUAGCUGCUGAACUUACUAAAAAUUCACCUGCGAUCAGUCGGUGUCCCCAUUCACUGACAGCAGGCCAAGGGCAGCGGUCCAACAGGCUUAAACUACAUCACAGGCAUCACCAUCUUAAAGUAUCUACACGGCGACAUCCCAGUAAUGUUCAGCGGCACUGAAACAAUGCUAUCAGAAUUCUCUUAGCUACUGUUUAUCCUUGCAGUCACAAUAUGUGUCCCUAGGAACAAGCUUGUUGCUUUCUUUUGAUUUUGAAUCUAUACCAUGAAAAAAUAUCUGAAAGCAAGCUGGGGAUUUUGACCUUUUCUUUUUCUGCCUCAGCAUUUCUGGCCCUGAGGUCUGAGGAAGGUCAAUAUUUCCCUUCAAUAACAAUCUGUUAUUGUUUAUGGGAUGUGCAUGGAAUCUGACCUUUCACCCCUUUACAGUUCUCUCUCUCUCUCUUUCUCUCUCACUGGGAAAACUGUGAUUCUUGGUCCAAUGAGGUUCAUCUUCGAACUGACAGCUGUUCUCAAUGCCACCUGUGAAAUCUACCUCUAUGACUCUUUUCCCCUAUAGACAUUUAAGAAGUCUGUUGCACAGCUCCAGAACACAGAGUGGCAUUGCCAUUAAGUAGAAAACAAUGUAACACAAUAUUUCUUAUUUUAAUAAAAUAUUUUUUCUUUCCCAAAAUGUCUGUAGUUCAAACUUGGCCAUCUGUGUUGCUCUCACUUUCUGUUUCGUUUUGGAUGAAAGUAGAGAGAGAUUGAUAGACUGCAGCAGGCUGCCUGUUGGUAAUUGAUUUAUGCAUUGGAACAUAGAAAAAUUUUUAACUGCUUUUCAAACACUAUUUGUGGGCAGUACUCUGCUUUCAAUGUGUACAUUGCCAAGUCAAUUUUAAUAAUGUGUGGGAACCCCCCCCCCCCACACACACACACACAUAGACGCACAGAAUUUAAAUGUUUCUUCCACCUACAGAAGAGACUGGUGUCAAACGCUACAGAACAAUGUCCUUUAACAAAUGUUCUCUAAGGACAUUAUCCAGGAGCCCCUUAACCAGGCCUCUCCAGCUGGGAAUGGAGUUAGCAGAUGUGCCCCAAACAAAGGCACACGGCACCACUGCUGUGACCGCUACCCAUUGUCCUUCUUGAAAGUGGAAUCCAAAUAUUAUUGAUGUGUUCUAGGACUCUCUUCCCCAACUUCCUAAUUAAUGUGUGAUAGGAAAGGGGAAACAUUAAGGUGUGUAGUGGCUUUUUGGUUCCAACGUGCUUUAAACCCUUAUCUGUUUGUGAGUGUGUAAUCAUUAUGUAGUCAGCUGAAGCACAAAAGACUCGUGCCUGUGGUUGGUCUUCCCUAUAUCGUCUGACAGCUGGUCACCGAUUGUUCUCCUCAUUCUCAGCCGGCAGCCAUUUGCCGUGGACGUGCCACAGCAUUUGGACUGUCAUCCGUCAGCCCACAGAACCCCUUUAAGUUUUACGUUAUGUGCUACGUCCCUGAGUCACUCAUGCUUCCUGAAUCUUAGAAUAAUGACAAUGAUGUGCUUCUCUAAACCCCAGGGAAGUAAAGACCCCGGAGUGGCGGGUGUAGAGUGAACCUUUAUGCAGAAACUGCACUGCGUGCAGUAAUGCAGAGUAACAGACACUAAAAUGAUCUCAAAAAUCAGACCAAAUGUUGCCUGUUGCAGUCUCUCUCAAUCUUGGUGAAAAUCGAAUGUCAAGUCCUAUGGACACUUAACAGAAAGUGUUUUUAUAUGUAGAUGUCCUAACCUUUGCAAUGCUACUUUAAUCAAUAAAGAAAUAUAUCUAACAAUUCUGAACAGCCAAUGCAAAAGGCAAAAAUUCUAAUGCACAUGAUCUUUUUUGUAAUACUUUUGUAGCUAGUAAAUAUGUGUCACUGGGCAAAUGUACUCCAUGAGACUUGAGAAAGUAUUCCCAGAUAUUUUGAUGAAAAAAUAAACCUCAAUUUUAUCACUCUG